AGGCACAACUAUAACUAAACAUACAGUAUAUAGGCUACUGUUGUAACUGUAUAGUUUGUCAUCCAUGUAAUGUAAUAUAACGCUUCUUUGAAAUACAAGCCAUACAAAUUCGGGGGCGCACUUCAACGCUCACUAUGUGAUGGCCAAAAGGUUAUUGCUUGAAGUAAUAUACUGGAAAAAUGCUCAGCCACCUGUCCAAUUCUCUCCGGUAGACUGACUACACGCUGUCAAGUCAAUCCGGCAACAAACAGGAGUGAUUGGAGACCACAAGUAUCAUUAUUUUUUACCCAAUACCUAGACAAUAUGCUAACGUCACCUGUAGACGACUCGAACAUUUUGUUACACUUGUUAAAUUAUAGUACAUUCUGCUUCUGUUUAGUGUCUAAAAUCCCGUCGAUUGUUCUCGUAGCAAGAGCGAAGUCUUCCAAGGGAUUCAGCCUGAAGGGCUUGCUGUUGGAGUUGACUGGAUAUGUCGUGUUUGUCACCUACCAGAUUCACCAUGCUGCACCAUCUUCCACGUUCCUGGAGUACCCGAUACUCAUUGCCCAAGACACCGUCCUGCUUCUGCUCAUCCUCUAUUACAAUGGGAAAGCCAAGCACAGCUUGAUCUACAUUGCACUAUUUGUAGGGGGAUGGAAACUUGUCACACUACAAGAUUGGAUCAUUGAUCUGGCUAUGAGCCUCUGUACCUUAAUCAGUGCCAGCAGUAAGUUUGCCUCUGCCCAGUGCCUGUACCAGUCCAAGGACUCCUCCGGGGUCAGUGCCCUCGCCUGGAGCAUAUCCUGCUACACCUGCUUGGCGAGGAUGUUCACUACAAUUAUGACAACAGCAGACAUACAAGUUCUCACCCGGUUCGCGGUCUUGUCAUCGCUCAAUGGAUUUGUGCUGGCCAUGAUAUUCCACUACAGAAGAGAUGUCAAAAAGGUGGAAUGAGCUUUGGAGAUGAGUCUGUCAGUCACCUGAGUCAUAUUCUUCACGCAGCAAACAGAAGAACAGAAUGACACAUGGAGGGACUAACUGGACUUAAAACUGGACUGUCCUAUAAAGAAAACUAGCAUUUUCACAUGCAAAAUGUCUGACUUGUGAAACCACAAACAAGGUCUUAUCCACUGGUCUUUUGGUCCCAGAACAUGGUAUUGAAGCAACCCGUAGGAAGAAAAAGUCUUAAAUUCUCCAAAAUGAUGAGCAAUACAAGUAAAACACAUAAUAAAGAAUAUUCACUGUCUUAUCGAGUACAGUAUUUAUUCUGAUUUUUUCCAACAAGCCAUGUAGUAGACGGGCAGUGAUAUAGAACAUAAAUUGAAUAUAUUGUUCCAGUUCUGUCUGAUGGUCAGCAUUGUUUACUGAAGCCUGAAAACUGAUGACGAGAAACUCCGGGGGUGAAGUAUUCUCUAGGUACAGAUCUAGGAAUAGUUUCCCCUCCCCCAAUCCUAACCAUUAGUGGGGUAAAUACAAAACUGACCCAGGAUCAGCGUCCAUUGGGGCAACUGUGGAAGAAUAUUCCCACAUUGUACUUCAUGGUUCACCUUAUUCGGUCAUAAAGACAAACACUUUAGCUUGUUUCCAGAUCCAUUUGUGCCGUUUUGCCCCUUUGGUUGGUGUUGUUGACAAAACAGCACAAACAGAGCUGGGACUAGGCUACAAACACUUUACUCUGAUAAUGUAACAUGAUUUGAAUGAAGUAAUACACUCAUCUAAGUAUCAAUUGUAGACUAAACUCAGAUUUCACACUUUAAAUUAUAUGUUUUAUACAUAGCCUAUCUUGUAACA